AUGUCUAUCCUAAGCGGUCGGCAAACGAAUGCUUGGAGUGAUAACUGGUGUUCUUGUAGUCCCCUCAGAUCAUUCAUCUCUCCUCGGGCAAUUGCCAAUGCGGGUUUAAAUCUUCGGUCGACGGUUGCGGAUAUUAUUGAUGAUACCGGCCAAUGGAAAUGGCCUCAAGCUUGGUUUGAUAUCUUUCCGGUUCUUAUAAAUAUUCCUUCUCCGCAUCCGCUAGUUGAAAUGGCUGAUCGAUGUAGUUGGAAAGAUUUGGAAGGGAACCUUUGUCACUUUCGGUCGUGGGAGGUUUGGAAUACUUUGCGUCAUAGGGGUGAUAGGGUUGAUUGGGUUGACUCUAUUUGGUUCAGCCAAUGCAUUCCUCGGCAUUCUUUUCAUUUGUGGUUAGUGAUGAAUAAUAAGUUAAAGACGCAAGACAGGAUGGCUACUUGGGAAGCGGGUAGUGCUACUAAUUUGAUUCUUAUGUGUUGUCCUCUUUGUUACCAUGAUCGAGAUUCUAGAGACCACCUUUUCUUUCAAUGCCCCUUUGCUACGAAAGUUUGGGAUUCAGUGAGGAAAAUGGUCAACAUGGAGAGUGUCAAUAACACAUGGUCCUCGGUUAUGCAGUGGAUGGUUCAAAAUGCAACCGCGCGAACGCUUGACCGGAUUGUUGGGAAGAUCCUUAUUGCGGCUACUACAUACUACGUAUGGCAGGAGAGGAAUAACCGCUUGUUUUCUAGUGUCCAACGCACACCUGAUAUGCUUUCACAUGUAAUCAUCUCUACGGUUAGAUUGAAGAUUAUGGGGUUCAAGCUUGGGAGUGACCGGAAGCACCGUAACGUAUUGGAUACUUGGCAGAUUUCGAUGAAGAAUUUGGAUUGUGAUCCGGGCUAG